CGGAGCCGUGGCCGCCGAUGUGGUUAGUACCUAAUUUCCCUCCUCCCGCACUUUUCUUUCCUUUUCCCGCGUCAUUUUUCUCUUAUAUGGCUUUGGCUUUCUUGAGUUUCCUUUUUGGCGUCUGAAGCUAUUUCCUUCCGAUUACUGCAAUUUUGCCAUAAAUUAGCCAAUAUCAGUAUCUACUACUUACUAGGCUAGGCUUGUAGCCAUGAAACCUCACAACGCUCUAUCACAAAUACUACCCGUUACGCAAUUUGUCAUACCUAACCAUGCACAGAUUGAGAAACGAGACUUAGCUUAUUCGGAGCCGCACUACCCCUCGCCAUGGAUGAACCCUACAGCCCAAGGAUGGGAGGAAGCUUAUGUGAAGGCUAAAGAUUUUGUCUCUCAACUUACACUUGCCGAGAAGGUGAACUUGACCACCGGUGUUGGCUGGCAAGGAGAGCAAUGUGUCGGCCAAGUCGGCUCCAUCCCCCGACUCGGCUUCCGUAGUCUUUGUAUGCAGGAUUCGCCGCUGGGUAUCCGUUUCGCCGAUUAUGUUUCUGCUUUCAGCUCUGGUCACACUGUGGCGGCUUCGUUUGACAGAGAUCUUAUGUACCGACGAGGUGAGGCCAUGGGCGUCGAAAACAAGAUCAAGGGUGUCGAUGUUCUCUUGGGGCCCGUCGCAGGCCCCAUUGGCCGGGUACCGGCUGGAGGCCGCAACUGGGAAGGAUUCUCUCCUGACCCUUAUCUCACCGGCGUCGCAAUUGCCGAGACUAUCAAGGGCAUUCAAGAUGCUGGCGUUAUUGCUUGCGCCAAGCAUUACAUUGGCAACGAGCAGGAACAUUUCAGACAAGUUACUGAAGAAGAAGGCCGUAAUAUCACUAUUGCGGAGAGCAUUUCCUCCAACAUCGAUGACAAGACCAUGCACGAGCUCUACCUUUGGCCAUUUGCCGACGCAGUGAGGGCUGGCGUAGGCUCAAUCAUGUGCUCAUACAACCAAGUCAACAAUUCGUAUUCUUGCCAAAACUCCAAGAUCCUAAAUAAUAUCCUAAAAGGCGAGUUAGGAUUCCAAGGAUUCGUCAUGAGUGAUUGGCAGGCCCAGCAUACAGGUGCCGCCAGCGCUGUGGCUGGUCUGGAUAUGACAAUGCCUGGAGACACCCUCUUCAACUCGGGACUCAGCUUCUGGGGAGCUAAUCUUACUCUCGCGGUGCUGAACGGAACGGUACCCCAAUAUCGUGUCGAUGACAUGGCGAUGAGAAUCAUGGCAGCGUACUUCAAGGUUGGUUUGACAUUGGAACAAACGCCAAUCAACUUCGAUUCAUGGACCAGGGAUACAUACGGCCCAAUUCAUUACGCCGCCGGCGAGGGUCACCAGCAAAUCAACUGGCACGUCGACGCUCAAGAAGACCACGGUGCUCUGAUUCGCGAGAUUGGCGCUAAAUCAACGGUACUUCUGAAGAAUAACGGCGCGCUCCCCUUGAAGAAGCCCAAAUUCCUAGCUGUAAUUGGAGAAGAUGCUGGUCCUAGUCCCUUGGGACCGAACGGAUGUUCCGAUCGUGGCUGUAACUUGGGUACACUCGCAAUGGGAUGGGGUUCAGGAUCAGCCGAUUUCCCGUACCUCAUUACGCCUCUAGACGCAUUACAAGUGCAAGCUCUUGAAGAUCAUACUCGUAUUGAGGCCAUUCUCAACAACACAGCGUCAAGCACGAUCGAGACGCUGGUCAAGCAAGAAGGCGCAACUGCCCUGGUCUUCGUCAACGCCGACUCUGGAGAAGGAUAUAUCGAAGUGGAUGGAAAUGCGGGCGACCGGAAGAAUCUGACUCUCUGGGGUAACGGAGAUGAGCUCAUCAAGAACGUCUCCUCGUUAUGCAACAACACCAUUGUCAUCAUUCACUCCGUUGGCCCCACCCUCGUAACUGACUGGUACGAUUCACCCAACGUUACCGCAAUUGUCUGGGCUGGUCUGCCAGGCCAAGAGAGCGGUCGAUCGAUCGUGGAUGUACUCUACGGCAGGGUCAACCCUGCAGGCCGAACACCCUUCACCUGGGCAGCAAAGCGAGAAGACUAUGGCGCUGAUGUCCUAUAUGAGCCUAACAAUGGCGGGGAUGCACCUCAGCAGGAUUUCCCCGAGGGAGUUUUCAUCGACUAUAGAGCACUGGAUCGCGCCGAGAUCAAGCCGAUCUUUGAGUUUGGAUUCGGUCUAUCAUAUACCACUUUUGAGUAUUCAGACAUCCAGGUUCAGAAGUGCGAGGCCGCAGAGUACCAGCCCACCACUGGCCAAACCGCUGAAGCUCCAUCAUUUGGUAACUACUCGACUGAGCUGGAAGACUACCUCUUCCCAUCAGCCUCCUUCCCUUACAUCUGGCAAUACAUUUAUCCCUAUGUCAACACCACCUCAUCCCUCGAAGAGGCGUCUAUGGACCCCCACUAUGGCCAGACGGCUGCCGAGUUCCUACCGCCAGGAGCCAUCGACUCCGAGGCGCAGGCUCUUCACCCAGCCGGACCAGGUCUGACUGCGGCACCCGGCGGCAACGCUCAGUUGUACGAUACCCUAUACACGGUCACCGCCAAGAUCACCAACACAGGCGAGCUAGCAGGCGAUGAGGUCCCGCAACUAUACGUCUCCCUUGGCGGAGAAGACGAUCCCCCAGUCGUCCUCCGUGGCUUCGAUCGCUUCAGCAUCGAGCCAGGUGCCUCGCAGGUCUUCCAGGCCGUGCUCACGCGCCGCGAUGUCAGCAACUGGGACGUCGCAUCCCAGAACUGGGUCAUCACCGACUCGCCCAAGACAGUGCAUGUCGGUCCUAGCAGCCGCAACCUACCGCUUAGCGCGCCGCUGUCUUGAGUCCACAGGACCUAGCGCUUUAUCUACCUAGGUACAGGGGUUGAUAGGAAGCAUUGAAGUGCCGAUUGGAUACUUCGAUUGUGGGCUUGAGUAGAGUAUUCUUGUAUAUAAGUAGAAGUA